AGAAAUUGAUUGCAGCAAUGUUUUUCUAGAUCCAUAUGCUCAACUUCUUCUUGAGGCUAUGAAGCAAUCUGGUUGCACUGUCUUCAAUGACCGGCACUUUUCUUGUGAAAACUGUGAUGGCUGUGUCAGUGGAGGUUUUGAUUCUGCCACAUCUCAGAUUGUUCUGUGUCAGAACAACAUUCGCCAGCAAUCCCAUAUGAACCGGGUGGUCACACAUGAAUUGAUUCAUGCUUUUGAUCACUGCCGUGCACAUGUUGACUGGUUUAAAAAUGUCAAACACUUAGCAUGUUCAGAGGUUCGAGCUGCUAAUCUCAGUGGAGACUGUACACUGAUGAAUGAAAUAGCCAGGUUUAAAUUUGGAUUGAAAGGACACCAUCAGACUUGUGUACGAGACAGAGCAAUUCGUUCCAUUCUGGCUGUUAGAAAAGUUAGCAAAGAAACGGCAGAAAAAGCUGUGGAUGAAGUUUUUGAUGCCUGCUUCAAUGAUCUGGAACCUUUUGGAAGAAUCCCACACAGUAAAACAGAUGCAAAACGUGCUUAUAGAGACUUUAAGAACAGAGAUCGUUAUAAUGCUAAUUUGUAACGGAAAAAAAUGUGAAAAGUUAUUUUAAUAUCUGAUUGUUCUGUAACAUCUGGAGUUACAGUCUAAGUACACAGUGCUGGUGGAAAGGGCAAUUCUAUCGAAUGUAUCAAUGAAUUUUGUAAACUUUUUCCAGGACCCAGCUUCCGUGGAAGUAAACAAAGUAAAUGAACAAGACUAAAAGCCGUAUUUCCUCACUUCUCGUUCCAGGAAGAUAAUUUAGUACAUCAAAUAA